AUGAAGGUUGAUAACUUUAAUGUUGAAACACAAGAAACUAUGCGUGUUAGGCUUAAACAAAAGGCUAAACCUAAACGUUCAAAUUCGUUGUACAGCAAUUGCCAACAUGUUUUUAAAGUUGAGCAAUCAUUGCAAGUAACUCUGACACAAGAAGAUUGUGAGGUGGUUAACUUACAAUAUUACGAUUGCUAUAAUGGCACAAAUGGUUGUCAAAUGUUCGAGCCAUCACCUCACUCGUUUUUUUACACUUGUCUGCCAAUCGGUCAACAUGCGUUAAUCCCUAACGACGCUUCUGAAGUGCAAAUGCAAUACCAGAGAAAUAAUGCGAAUGACAUAAAUAAUGCUCCUAACUUGGCCACGCAAUCGUUUCAAGAACAGCAUAGCUUGGAUAUAUCAGCCAUAUUACAAUUCCAAGGAAUAUUUGAUUAUAUAGAAAUUUAA